CCUGACGACCGGUGACGACAUUGUCGGUAUAAUAUAUUACAUCGUAGACUUUUUUUUUGUUAAUAGGUUGUGUACAUAGAAAUAAUGAUAAUGUCGCCGAUUAUGAUUUAGUUUAAUCCUAUACCGCUGCCGCCACAGCGACCGAAGCGAAGACCGCAUCGGUGUCCGACAACAUAAUACUUCCUCUAUAUAUAUUAUAUAUAUCAUUAAAAUUUACGAAUACAUCGCUAUAGACAUCGGGUAAUCACGACAACCACGAAGACGAUAUUAUGGAAGUUUUUAGUUUCGUAUCACUAGCAUUAUUUGCCAUUGGAUCAACUGCAAUUCUCCUGCCAAACAGUUACAGGAAACCGUGGACCGAUAAUGAAAAUCAUUUUUUCGGAGGAAAGAAAUGGGUGGUUUUGGUAGCCGGUUCGGAUGGAUGGAAUAAUUACAGACAUCAGGCGGAUAUAUGUCAUGCAUACCAAAUAAUUCGAGGAAACGGAAUACCUAAAGAAAAUAUUAUUACGAUGAUGGUGGAUGACAUUGCGUACAAUCCAAGGAAUCCAACGCCAGGAACGAUAAUUAAUCAACCCAACGGUACGGACGUGUACAAGGGAGUUGUUAUCGACUACAAAGGGACGGAUGUGAACAGUACCAACUUCUUAAAGAUCAUCACCGGAGACAAAAAGGCUAUGCAAUCCGUUGGAACUGGAAAAGUUAUUGAAGGAGGACCGAAUGAUAAAAUAUUCAUUAAUUUUGUCGAUCACGGUACAACAGGGAUAUUAGUUUUCCCAGAAGAUUAUUUGUACGCCGAUCAAUUGAACGAUGCUCUCAAAACUAUGCACGCAACUGCUAGUUAUAAAAUGGUGUUGUUGUACAUUGAAGCGUGUAAGGCGGGUUCUAUGUUUGAUGGGAUACUCCGUGACAACACAGAUGUUUUGGCUGUAACUGCAUCAGGACCCAGGGAAAAUUCUUAUGGAUGCUAUUGUAGAUCUCAAUCUGGACCAUACAAAACAUGUCUCGGAGAUUUGUUCAGCGUUACGUGGAUGGAAAACUUAGAUGCGACGGUAUUCGAUUCUUCUGCAAAAAAGAGAACCGUUUUCAACGACUUCAAGGAGGUGAGAACCAACGUCACCGAAAGCAACGUCAUGGUUUACGGUGAUUUCAAAACGGGUCACGAAAAGCUCUCCACGUUCAUAGGUUACAAUAACCACAAAGAACAUUCGCCAGCCAAACCAAAAAUGACCAAAACAAUUGAUUCAAAGAUCACAGUGUCCGGUAUAGAUGCACUCGAAGAUGCCGUGCAACAACAAUUGGCGAACCACGAGUUGCCAGUUUCGGAGAGACACCGUUUGUCAACUGAAUUACGCCGGAACAACGAAAUGAGGUUAAUCAUCGACAGAGCACUCCGGAAAAUUUACUCGAUGGUUGCGAAGGCUAGACCGGAAAUCAUGAGUAAAGUCGGUAACUUUGAUAAACCAAAUCAUCUUGACCUUUCGUUGGACAUGUUUCCGUGUUACAGAAGUAUUCUAAAUAAAAUCACAGAGAGCUGUUUUUCUUUACCACGGAAUCCCUACGCUUUGGAUCGGUUGACGAUUUUCGCAAACAUGUGUGUCGUCGAUAAACACAUACACCUGAUGGUCGAAAAAUUUGUCGGUGCAUCGUGUUCAAAUAUUCCAAAACUGCAUAGUAUACUGAACGUAUAUUAAAUUCGUGGCAUAUACGUUGCAGUAAUUCACCUACAUGACAAUUAUGCGUAUAAAUAGAUUUAUAAUCAGUAUAUAAAAUAAAAACAUAAUAAAAAUUGUAAUACAAAAUUAUAAAUUAUAAUAAUAUAGUAUUUUCAAUUUGUAA